AUGGAAACGGAAGAGGAGCUGCACUAUGAGGAGGAAUUUCCCUCUGGUCAGGAGGCCCCCGAGGUUCAGGGGGCCCCCGCUGCGGGGCACGACGUCGAAGAGGAAGACGCUGGAGUUCAUGAGGCGCAGUCGGGAGAGGCCCCCUCAGGGGGGCCCCCCUCCCUCCAUCGCAGCUCCGAAGCCAGUGUAGAGAAUCAGCAAAAUCAUCAGCAGCAGCUCCAGGAGGAGGAAGAGCAAACUCAGCAGCAGCAAAGCCAGCAGCAGCAGCUCCAGGAGGAGGAAGAGCAAAAUCAGCAGCAGCAAAAUCAGCAGCAGCACCUGGAGGAGGAAGAGCAGCAGCAACAACAAAGUCAGGCUUCACGGAGUGGAAAAAGCGAUCAGCCUGGGCCUGGUGGACGCAGGACGCAACACCGCGUGCUGAUAAGCAACUUGGACCCAAGCGUUCAGUGGCAGGAUCUGAAGGAUUUCGGCAGGAAAGUGGGGGAAGUGAACUACGCGAACGUCAUCUUUUCUGGAGGGCGCAAAUACGGGGUUCUGGAGUACUGCGACUCUCAGUCAGUGGUUCUUGCUCUGAGGGAGCUCGAGGGCCUGCGACUUCGGUCGCUUCCCGUGUCUUUAAAGCGAGAUCGAGGGGAUUUCGACUCCCUGGUAGCCUCGGCACCCCCGAGGUGGGGGGGGCCUCCAGAGGGGGGCCCCUCCUCGGCGUUCGGCGGGGGAAGGCUGCCCCCCCCACCCGCUAGGGGGUAUGAAGGGGAGGGCCGAUCCCGAUCCCGCUCAUGGGAGAGGAGGCGCUACAGUGAUAGUAAGAGGAGGCGCGCCUCGCCCUCCUCCAGCGCACCCUAUAUGGCGGGUGUGGCCGCCGCGCACCCCGCAUCACCCCCCGAUGGGGACUGGCGCGGGAUAUCUACACGGCCAGAAGAGGCUCUUCCCGGGGAAGGCGCCCCGCUGCCUUCUUCUGAGUCUCGCCGCAGACAUAGAAGCAGGAGUCCCCGAGCAGUUAGAGAUAGCUAUGGGGGGACCCCUGCGCACCACAUGCAAGAGGGCAGAUACGUGGGGGCCCAGGCGCCGCUUGGAUGCGAAGCUGUGGGUCCCCAGGGAGGGGGCCCCCCGCGACACACUAGGGACCGCCGAGAAGGGGGGGCUGGGGGCCUUGGAGAAGCCCCUCCACCCCACCACCAAGGCGGUUUCUGGGGGGGCACCAGAAGAGACGACAGUUGGCCAGAGCGGGCCUUCCCUCCCCAAGAGACGGCGCCCCCCCCGCAGAGAGAAGAGGAGGUGCUGGCUGGGGAUUUAGGGCCUCCUCCGGGGAAGAGGGCCCCCCUCCUCCGCCUUACAGAGGCCAUCACAGCUCCCGCAGAGAAGGGGGGCCGGCCGCUCCCCUUGGUCGCAUGGGCGCAGGACAGCCUUCCUACCGCCCUUAGCCAGCGCCAAACAACUUUGCUUCGGGAGGCACCCGAAGGGCUGCAGGGCCUGCGGGAUGGGGGGCUGACCGCCUGCUCCCCAAAGCACGCAGGAGCCAAGUUUUCCUUGUGCCUUGUUGCUGAAAUUGCUGACAGAGGCGUAGCGGCGGAGCCGCACUGGCUGGUGUGUUCCUCAUCUGCUUUCAAGGUUUUGUAG